AUGGCCUUGAUAAAACGAAUCGUGUCAAGGGGAAAAUCUUGCUAUGUCGUCCAUGCAAACGAACAAACAUUUCUUCUUGACUAUCCAUCGAGUGUGUAUGGAGUAUGUAUUUCGUAUCCUUCAUUUGAUAAAAGCCCCAGGCCUCUGAAACUUGCACUCCCAAGACUUACUGACGACAUAGACCAUGUGCUUAUCACCAGGUCAGAUUCGUUGGGUGCUCUUUUUAUGCAGAAAGACGUUCCAAUAUACAUGACAGAACCGGUUUUUGAACAGAUGCUGAUGGCUUAUCAAUCUAUUCUGAAUCUCAGGUUGUAUUACGAGGAUGACGGUGAUGAUGGUGUGCUCAUUACUAGUGCAGACAUUCAAAGAUUCAAACGAAAUGUAAGGUUUAUCAGGUUUGAUGAAGUUUGUCGUUUUAAUCAAGUCAGUGUUAUUCCACGCUCUGCAGGAACAUUUAUUGGGUGGGCAAACUAUCUUAUUGAACUAGAUAACAGAAAGACAAUAUGUUAUAUCUCAUCAUUAUCGAACAAAAAGCGAUUUUCAUUGGAUGCAGGCUGUAUUUCUUCAGACUACCUUAUAGUGAACACAGAUAAGCAACCGAAUAUGCAUGAAAUCGAUGCAUUUUCAGAGUGCAUAAAGUGCUUGGACGAUGAAAUUGCUAUCAUUCCUGUUGAUCUCACAACAUUGCUGCUGGAGGUGGUUUUUCAUGUCCUAUCGUUACUGCACUUGAAGGACGGAAUACCUGUUUACAUUGUAUAUCCGCUGUUUGAUCGCUUCUACACAACAGUUGGCAUUCAGAACGACUGGCUGAACAGAUCAUUCUCAUCUGUAAAGGAUCCGUUCCCAAUCAAGGCUUACAAAAGACUUCAUGUGCUGACGACAAUCGACAACCUUUCAACAAUAUCUGGACCUGCAGUCGUAUUCUGCAGUCCUUUGGAGUUUAGUCUUUAUCCACAAGGAGUGUUUGAAAACCAAAAGGUCAUGUCAAUCAACAGAGUGUUAGAUCAAGCAGACGUGCACUACGGUUUAAGGCUCGAGCUUGAUCUGGACGAAAUAACCUCGAUGCAUACUGGGACAAUAAUACACGACAUUGAGCCAAGCAAAUACUUGUACAUUGAUACAACAUCUAAGUACUUUUACUUGUCUAUCGAUGGAUGCAAAACACAAGUAUAUGCUGAUGAAAUGUAUAUUCAUGGAAAACUGAAGUUUAGUGAUAAGCAAACAUCCACAGAAAUGAAGAUAGAGUUGGUACAGGAAAAGUGCAAGAUAAACGAAUUGUUUGCUAACGAACCAUUUUUUGUUAACAACAGUCUUUACUACUUUCCAAGAAAAAACCUUAAGAUAGAAAUCAACAGAGACAGAGUUAGAAUAGAAAAGAUAUCGAAUUGA